AUGACCCGCGCCCAGCAGACCGUUUCCCUUGCGCUCCUCGUGAGCUCGCUCUACCUGGCCCUUUACCUUCAGCUCGUCCCGAUUCCCGCCAAGAUCCAAGACGAGAUCGUCCCCGUUUUGCCCUUCUGGGUCCUCAUCUCCUUCGGAUCGUACCUCCUCGCCCGUCUCGGAUACAACGUCAUGACCUUCAACGAUGUGCCAGAGGCGCACAAGGAGCUGAUGGCUGAGAUCGACGAGGCCGUUGUCGACCUGCGGAAGCUAGGCGUCGACGUUGACUACGACUAA